AUGCAACAGUGUUAUGUAGGCCUUACAUUGAAGCCAUUAGGAAUACUCAACGAUGCAUGUAAAUCGUGCGGGCAUUUCGAUAUCUUCCCAUGCAAUCAUAUCUUGCAAGUCGAUCGCCCGAUGCAAUCACAAUUACUAAAUGCUCAAUAUUCGUGUAAUUCAUUUUUGAUCGUGCAUUUGCACAAAUAUAGGAACGUGGUUGGAAUACGAGAUUUGAUCAUAGGGAAGUUUUUAACAACCAAUCAACAAAGACUAUUCUGCUGCAAUCAUAUUGAACAUUUUCGAAAGACACCCUGUGAGAUAUGUUUGUCGAGAUCGUCAGACUGGGUUCAAAUGGAUGAUGUUGGCAUGAAAACUGAUACGGAACUGCAUUUGAUCAAAAAUGAAAGUCCAUUAGAGUCCGUUAUAAAAAGUGAUGGCAUUGAUGAACUAAUUUCUUUAUCCUUACCUACGCAUACACAUUGUCACAAGCGGAAGCAUAUUAGGACUGACUUUGAUGGAAUUAAAGUUUCGUCCGAUGCGAUUGAAGCUCGAAGACGAGAAAGGGAGCGAUUAGAACGUUUAGCAAAAAAAUCGGUAAUUGAGCCAGGAAUCGGGAAUUUGGGAGAAUUACAAGAAAUUUUGUAUCUUAACAACCGCUCUGCAUGUGUGCAAUUAGAGCCAACAUCCAAACGUGUGAAAACACCGUUGUCUGACUUGAAUCCCUCAACGUCAUUUGUAGAGGACGAUGUUAUAGAACUCAGUAGUGAUGACGAUUGUGAAGUCUACUACCGCCCAAUAGGUUCGUUUGCAAUUGCCAUAACUUUUCGUAAUCAAAUUUACAUAUUCACUUCUCGCAAGGAUGUUACUGAUGAAUUGCACCGUGUUGAACGGGAAAGAUUGCGUAAAAAGAUGCUCACUGAGGAGGAGCUGGAAAGUAAAAAUUUUAUGGGAGGUCGACUACUCGUCAAUCCUGGAAAAGCAUCAGACGAACCUGAUGUUUACGUCCCUUUUCAUCUGAAUGAUGUGCUUCAGCCACAUCAGUUAGGAGGCAUUCGAUUCAUGUAUAGUAAUAUCAUCGAGAGCGUGAAAGAUUACGCAAAUUCUCCUGGUUUCGGAUGCAUUUUAGCUCAUGCCAUGGGAUUGGGAAAAACUAUUCAGAUAAUUGCGUUCACGGAUAUUUUUGUUCGUACGACAAAUGCAAAAAAAGUGUUGAUCAUUGUACCAGUAAAUACGAUUCAGAAUUGGUAUUCCGAAUUUGAAAAAUGGCUGCCGGACAAAGUUAUUGAAGCGGAAGGAAACAUACGUCCAUUUGUAGUUUGGCUUCUGGGUGAUGCGAUGAAAACAAAUGAACAACGGGCACAACUGCUACAAGAAUGGCAUAUCAAAGGAGGAGUUUUGUUGAUUGGCUACGAUAUGUUUCGUUUGCUAGUGCAAGUCAAACCAAAGAAACGUAUUUGUGCUAAAUCUAAUAAAAAAAUAUGGGAAGUAGUUGAUUUAGAGAAAGAAGAACUUGGUGCAUUAACUGUUUCUGCUGCUCGAAAAGCUUUAUUGGAUCCUGGUCCAGAUUUGGUCGUGUGUGAUGAGGGUCAUCGCAUAAAAAAUGAAAGAACCGGCAUAGCAGCAGCACUCAAUGCUAUAAGAACAAGGCGUCGGAUCGUAUUAACGGGUUAUCCUCUACAAAACAAUUUGAUGGAAUAUUAUUGUAUGGUAGACUUUGUGAGGCCCAGUUAUCUAGGUUCCAAGAAAGAGUUCAGUGCUAUGUUUGAGAAACCGAUAAAAAAUGGGCUCUGUAUUGAUUCCACACCCUCAGAUCUUAAGAUUGCUCGUCAACGCACUCAUGUUCUUGUCGAUCUUUUAAAAGGCUUUGUACAGCGGCGAACACAUCACUUAUUGAAAAAUAUCCUCCCACCGAGCUACGAAUUCGUUCUUCUGUUGCGCAAAAGUCCGAUACAGAGAAUACUUUACCGGGCAUUUCUGCAGUAUGCGCAGAACGAAAUCAACGUUAGCGGAACUGCGCUAUUCAAUCCAUUGAAAGCAUUUGUUGUCUGUUCCAAGAUAUGGAAUCAUCCAGACAUAUUGUAUGAUGUCCUUCAAAAAAAAAAGAGUGAAGUCGGUAAUGGUGCUGAUGAAAAAAAUGUGCAUUUUGUCCCAACAGAAGUAGUCGCCGAUAACUUACCGGAUUCAACGUUGUCACUUGCUUUAAUUGACUCUUCAACAUUGCCCAUUGCACUGAAUGAUCCGAUAACACUGCAAUCUUCUCUUGAUAGCUUUAAUUAUGAUGCCAACUUCUCAUCGAAAACUUUUUUCGAUGAGAAGUUUUCUGUGGCUGAUUUGGAUACAAUUUUACAGGACACAGGAGGUGAAUGUCCAACAGCAGAAGAUACAUCUCAAAUGGCGUUAUCUAUUCCAACGAAUCAGUGUACAAGUUCACCGAAUCGUAUGACCAAUGGGGCUUCAUAUAAAACUGAUGUCCAUUCGAAACAUUCUACCAUUGCUAGCGCUUUACUUGAAGAAUUAAACCUUGAUAAAGGCAUAAGAUAUGAUUGGGCUUCGUUUGCUCUGCAUGGAUAUAAACCUGGUAUUUUGGAAAAUGGUUAUAAAAUGGUAGUUUCGUUAACCAUCAUAGAACAGGCUGUAAUGAGUGGUGAGAAAGUUUUACUCUUCAGUCAGAGUUUGCUUACGCUCGAUCAGAUUGAACGCUUUCUUGAAACAUCAAGUUGUUUAACUCUUGGAUCCGUAAAGUGUCCGUGGAAAAAAAAUCUCAAUUACUGCCGUUUUGAUGGGUCUACUGCAGCUACAGAAAGGGAAAGACUGAUAACUCGUUUCAAUCAAGAUCCGAAUCUGUUUCUCUUCUUAAUUUCAACUCGAGCAGGCUCACUUGGUAUCAAUCUCGUUUCUGCUAGUCGUGUCAUCAUUUUUGACGCUUCUUGGAACCCUUGUCAUGACUCACAAGCUGUUUGUCGUAUCUAUAGAUAUGGUCAAAAAAGGCGUACGUACGUUUAUCGUUUAAUUACGGACAACAGCAUGGAGAGGGCUAUUUUCAGUCGUCAGAUAGGAAAGAGUGGAUUGCAACAACGAGUUGUGGAUGAUAAGCAGUUAGAUGUUGAUGUGACUAAGCGCGAGUUGGAGCAGCUUCUUGUUUACGAUGUGAGUUUGGAAUAAAU